AGAUCCAAUCUAGUUUAUGAUAUCUCGACUGCAAAUAAAUAUAUUCAAUUGUUCAUUUUGGAGCAUUCCAUCGCAAAGGAGGCCCACUCAAAGCACCUUUUCCGAAAAAGGAGACCUGGGAACGACCAUCCAUAUUGAGUAUCACAGGAGAAUGAGUAUAACAGACCCAUUCACUCUCAUCCUCGGCAUUUCUGCCAUCUUUAUUCUUUAUGUCGUCGUCAACCGUCCCAAAGUCGAUCCCCGCGAACCACCACUCAUCAAGCCGAAAAUCCCCAUAAUCGGACAUUUGCUCGGCGUCAUUCAGCAUGGCAUGCCUUACUAUGCAGCUACAUACGCAAACAACCCCCAACCAGCUUUUACUCUGGACCUCCUCUUCAGCAAGUCAUACGUGAUCAACACACCCAGUCUAGUCGCAGCCGUGCAGCGCAACUCCAAGAUCAUCUCUAUGGAUCCGUUCAUGACGUUUGCUGCAAAGGCUAUGGCUGGUGUCACUGGUCCUGGACUCAAGUUGCUGCAGGAGAAGGAUUCCGGUGGAGGAGGGUUGAACCAGGAUGUUGUGCAUGCGAUGAGUCCGUCUUUGCUGGGUGCGGGAUUGGACCCGAUGAAUCGCACUAUGAUUCGCAACUUGAUUGGGUUUAUUGAUGAUCUGAAGAACCGUGGGAGUACCCAGUUUGACUUGCAUGGGUGGUGUCAACAUGCUAUUACCAUUGCCAGUAUGGACUCCGUGUAUGGGCCGUUGAAUCCGUAUCGAUUAGAAGAGAUUGAAGAAGCAUUAUGGGACUAUGAAUCAAACCUGGGUGGUCUUAUCCUGAAUAUCAUCCCCCAAAUCACCACCCGCAAAGCAUGGAAAGCCAGAGAAAAGAUCGUCGCUGCCUUUGUCAACUACUACAACGCAGAUGGCCAGAAAGACGCAUCCGAGAUGACACACGGCCGAUGGAAAACACAGCACGACGCCGGCGCCAAAACAGAGGAUAUCGCCCGUCUGGAAGCUGCAACGGGCAUCGCCAUCACGUCCAAUACGACCCCUGCGACAUUCCGGAUGUUGUUUGAGGUUUAUUCUCGACCGGAACUGCUUGAAUCGCUGCGGGAGGAGAUUCUCACCAAGGCAGUUCGCAUUGAAGGAAAUGUAUACACCAUUGACCUCGCUGCUAUCCGCGACAACUGUGCCCUGCUUCUGUCCACAUACCAAGAAAUCCUUCGGUUACGAUCCAACGCCACGCCUACGCGUCAAGUAAAGUCUGACAUCCUCCUCGCCAACACAUAUCACCUCAAAGCCGGCUCCGUCCUCCAAAUGCCCACUCAAUCCGUCAACUGCGAACACGGCAACGGCCCCCAACCAGACUUCAACCCCCGCAGAUACCUCGCCAAAGACGAGCAGAAACUCAGAUCCACAGGGAAUCUAUUCUUUGGCACAUCGCCGAAUAUGUGUCCUGGGCGACACUUUGCUACGGGCGAGAUUCUGGCCAUGGCGGCGAUGAUGUUUUUGCGUUAUGACAUUUCCUCCGUCACAGGGUGGAAAGAGCCAAAGUUGAAUACGAGGGCUCUUGCUGCGUCGAUCUUACCGUUGGAUGAAGAGUUUCCGGUUACUGUGACUGUGAGGACGGAGUUUGAGGGGGUGGAGUGGAGGUUUGAUGUCACGGAAGGGAAGGGGAAGUAUGCGUUGGUCACAGGUUGAUUGCGUAUAAUAUAUUU